UUAUAAAUAGGUAAGGCUAGUCCUGUUGUAUUUGCUGUUCAUAUUGGUUUGGCAUCAACAUACAGCACAAUGGCAUCAAGAAGGGUUCAAUUGGUUUCACUCAUCCUCAUGACUCUUCUUCUUUCUGGAUAUUCUAAUGGUAUCAAUGGUGAAUUGGAGUGUCUGUGUAUAUAUAUUGUUGCAGAGAUAAACGACGACGAUGAUGAUGGACCGUUUAGCGAUUGCAAGUUUGUUGGUACAUGCACCACAAGACUUGAUUGCAUCCAGCAGUGUGGCUACGUGGACUUGCACAUCAAUAAUGUUUUAUGCGUUCCUGGAUUUAGUGGUCUUCAAUGCUGCUGCAUUGUGCAUGUUCCAAGAUAAAAGAAGCUGUAGAUUCCAGAAAGGUCUGCCUAUUGUGAUGCUUGAAUUUGCAAUCAAUUUGACUAGCAUUUAAUGAAUAAAAAUAUUUUAUUUAGUCUGAA